CUCUCUCGAUCAGUCUUGUUCACUAUAAUGUAACGAACCACAAACUUAGUGAUUGCAAUUAAUUUUAUCCUUCGUAAUACAAUAACAACGUAGUUAAACCUAAUUUGUAUGAUGAAAAUAAUUUAAAUUUGUGAAAGUUCAUUGUGCUUGUGAGAAAUAAUAUGCGAAAUAUGUGUCAAUUGAAGAAGGUUUUACGAAUCUUUUUGUUGCUGGGAUUGAAUGAAUUGUCUCAGGGGUUGAAGAAACAUUGGUUACCUAACCAAGAGUGGAAUUGUGAAAAUAAUUGGAUAGAUGGGCGAGUUCCAGACAUGGACAGUCACGUAAUUUUUCCCUUGGAAAUGAGACACAUCGCUGGAGUUCCGGUCGAGGGUGACUUAAGACUUUCUAAAAUAGAUUUACCCACAGACGGGGCCUUGGUUCUGGCAAAAAAUGGAGCACUUAAGAUCAUUGAUAAACCACAGAAAGAAGCAAAGAUUGGAAGAUGGUCAAGGGAAGGACAGCUUUUUUGGGCGGAUCCUCAAAAUUGGAAUUCAACAUCCGAAGCUGUACCACAUUUAGAGAGACUUCCUUGUCAAAUGGACUAUACCAUUUUACCGGGUAGAGAUCGUGUUUUUAAUAUGCGUCUACCUAUGAAAGAGGUUCAAGUAAAAAGCAUUUGGUUGAAUAAUGAAGAAACAGAAAUUGGUUUUUCGGAAUGGUAUCAACGAGUACGAGGCAGAGAAUUUUCAAGUAGCAGGGCCAGCGUCAGUUACAGCCAGCUGCAAGGUUGUGAGCGUUGUAUGUGUCAAGAGGGCAAACAAAGCGAAUACCUUGAAGAAGUUUGUGAUAUACAAAGACCAAGAUGCGUACAUUCAACAUGUGAAUAUCCUCUGAGGGUGGAAGGCCACUGUUGUGACUAUUGUGGUGCACGUUUAUCACUUUUGAAAAAAGUGUAUACACGCUCAGUGAAUCGACUUACAAAUGAAGCAUUAAGUCCCUACGAUACUACGAUUUCUUGGUACGUGAGAACAACCUGGGAAGGUAGUGUUGAAAUUCUGAUAGCAGAAAAAGGACAAUAUUCCGGAAUAAGAAGCCAGGAAGCCUUACAAAAUUUGGAAUUCUAUUUAAAAGAAGAGGGUAUCGAUGUACUAAGAACUGAAAAUUCUGGUAAAUCACUUCAGAAUAACCGCCUGGAAGUUGUUUUAAUUCCUCUAUUUGGAGGGCUUAUUUUGGUCAUGGCUUUCCUCUUGGUCAUCUUUCCCUAUUAUGGAUACUCAUAUACCCAUUGGUCUGUUAUCCGAAGAAGCGCAAGAAGCUUGAAACAAGGACAUCAGACGAAUUCGUGAUUUGAACACUCGAAAAUGCAUUUAAUUAGUAACCGGCGCUAAUCUUACUCAUAAAAUACUGAUCUCAUUUGAUGCGUACUUGUCUUUCCUAGAGUUCCUCUGGAGAGAGUUGUGUCACAUUACCCCCUCCAUUAGCCGCGUCGAAACCGGAAUCGGAAAUACGUAAGGAAGCGCCAAACAUUUGAAGUAUUCUUAAGAAGAGUUUGCAUGUAAUUAUAUAUUUUCAUGUAGUGUUUGUUUUGGAAAUAAGCUUUUUUUAAUGAAGAAUAUAAAGAAUAUAAAGAAAACUUGCUCUUCUACGUUAACGAAGCUACGUUUGAUACAUAUCAGGAAAGGGAACAAAUAUUCAGAUAAUUGCACUCAGUUGUAUAAAAUUUCUAUUGCGUCUAAGAAUUUUUAAGCAAGCUAAAUCAAUGGAAA